AUGGAUAUUGCAGUGGCCAAUCAUGGUACUGAAAGUCUUAGUACAUUUCUGGGAAAAGGAAACGGAACAUUUGAAAGUCAAGCAAAUUAUAGCACUAGUUUCGAUUUUGCUCCAUUGGUUGUUGGUGUUGGUGAUUUCAAUAAAGAUGGACAAUCGGAAAUUGUUGUUGCAUAUGAUGAUGCUGAUAAUUUGGAUGUGUUUGUUAUAUAUGACACCGGAGACUUUUCUCAUCGAAUGACAUAUUCAACUGAUUUUUGGCCAACCUCUGUAGCUUUUGGCGAUUUUAAUAACGAUACUCGACUGGAUUUCGUUGUCACUACUGAGUAUUACGAAAAUGUAGCUGUAUAUCUUGGAUAUGGUAAUGGCUCUUUUGAAAAUCAAAUGACAUAUCUAGCUGGCAAUUAUCCAACCUCUGUGGCUGUUGGUGAUUUUAAUAACGAUGCCCGAUCGGAUCUUGUCAUCACUAAUUAUUUGGACAAUACUGUAAGUGUACUUCUUGGAUAUGGCAAUGGCUCGUUUGCAACACAAAAAAAAUUUUCAGCUGGCUCUUUCCCAUGGUCUGUAGCUGUUGGUGACUUUAAUAACGACGGUCGACUGGAUGUCGUCGUCGCUAAUUUGGAUAGCAGCAAUUCUGUUGGAAGAUUCAGUUUGAAAAAUCCAAUACUUUCAUCAGUUACUCCAUUAUGA